AGAAUAAUUCUUGUGAUUGUGUAUAACAAAUCAAAUACGGUACCUACAUUAAAUAUGAAACUGUUUAUGUCCGAAGACAACCUUUGUUCUCAAAACCUUCUCAAAUUAAUUUCUCAUGGUAAUGCUAUAAUUGCGGAAAUACUUAGACUCAAAGACCAUAAUCCAAAAGUUUACUUAUUGGAAAGUAGAGAAAUACAACAAAAGUACCAAGAUGUGAUAUUGGAUUUCAGUUAUUUUAGAAUAUCUGAUGCCCAUGAAGCUAAGAUUAAUGUGAAUUCUAAACUGCAAGAUUUAGAUGAUGAUUUAAAGGAAAACUAUCUGGAAAUAAUUACACGUUUUUAUUUUCUAUUUGAAAACAUAUAUCAAUAUAUUAUUGAUCUGAAUGUAUUCAUAGAUCAAUUGCAAGAUGAAGCGUUCAUCCAACAAAACAUGGAAACUGUUAUCAAGGACAUUGAAGGAAAACAACUAUUGUGUGAAUCAUUAUAUUUGUAUGGGGCCAUGCUUUUAUUAUGUGACCUGUUUAUUCCUGGCCCAAUGAGAGAGAGACUUCUUGUGGCAUUUUAUCGCUACAGCACAAGUCAAUCUCAGUCUAAUAUUGAUGAUGUUUGCAAGUUGUUAAGAGAUACUGGUUAUGAUCAACAGAACGGAAAAAGACCCGCAGAAUAUCCUGUCGAGUAUUUUAGCCGAGUUAAUAUUAGACAUGACUUCAUAGAGAAAGUUUUGGGCAAGCUAAGAUCUGAUGACAUUUACAAUCAGCUGGCAGUUUAUACCCUAUCUGAACAUCAAGCUCCCGCUCUAGCUUCACAAGCCAGCAUGCUUUUUAUAUGUUUGUUUUUUGCUCCACAUUACCUCCAUACAGAUACUUCAAAAAUGCGAGAAAUUGUAGACAAAUUUUUUCCGAGCAAUUGGGUGUUACCUGUUUAUAUGGGUGUUACCAUAAAUAUAGUAGAUUAUUGGGAUAACUUUAAAGCUGCUAGAUCAGCACUUGCCGUAACCUGCAAUACUAGAACGAUCAAAGAAAUUUUUUCAAAGAGAACUAGCUAUGUGUCUAUAGUCAUAAAUAAAACACAUCAUUUAUUGAAGGAAGGAACAUUGAACGACGAUUUUGUAUUAGACAAUAUAAAUAAAAUUCUGAAUUUGCUUCUGAAUUCAAAUCUAAUAAUUAGAUGGUUAUUAUUACACAGUAGUGAUGCAAUAUUUUUUGAAAACAAUAAAAAAAGCAAACAGUUAAAGGAAACCGUCACAAAAGAAUCAGGCUAUGAACCACUAAAAUUAUUGGAGCUUUUAAUAAGCACUGCAGAACUAGAACUGAAAGUCAGAGAAAGCUUAAAUAAAUUACUUGAAAAUAAAAAUGAAGCGUGGAAUUCAAACAAAACUCAAGCGGUUGAAGCUCUGAGUAGCCUUUCCGAAUUAUUCUCCGGAGUAAAAUCCUUAACAAAAAUACCUCAAAAUGAUCAACUUAAACUUUGGUUCGAAAAUAUUUCUAAGCAGGUUGCUUCUCUUGGGGAGCCGAUCACAACAAAAUCGAUUAAAAAAGUUACCCAACUUCUACAGGCAUUAGAUGAAGUCGAGGAAUUUCAUGGCAUUAAAAGUACUUCCACAAUCGUUCAAUUUUUAACAGACAGUAAAGAUGCACUCAAGAAUUUAUUGCGGACAGCUUCUCUAAAGGAGGAUUAUUUGGUGACUUUAGAAACAGUUGCCGAUGUCAGUUACGCAUGGUGUACAAUAGACCUCUAUACAAAAUUCAUGCAAGACAGCAUCAAAGAGAAUCCAACAGUGACAAGUAGAUUAAGAGCGCUGUUCCUUAAACUGGCAAGUGCUAUGGAAAUUCCAUUGCUACGAAUCAAUCAAUCUCACAGCGAAGAUCUUGUAUCUGUCUCCCAAUAUUACAGUAACGAACUAAUUAAGUACAUACAAAAAGUAUUACAAGUCAUUCCGGAAAUGGUUUUUUCAAUAGUAAAAAAAAUUAUAGAUUUGCAAACUUGGACUAUAAAAGAAGUUCCUACGAAAUUAGACAAAGAGAAAUUGAGAGAGUUUGCACAAUUGGAACAUAGGAUGGAGGUAGCGAAAUUAACACAUACCGCAUCAACAUUUACAACUGGGAUUUUGGAUAUGAGGUCUACUUUAGUGGGUGUUAUACGAGUAGAUCCAGCAGAAUUAUUAGAAGAAGGAUUGCUAAAGGAGCUGGACCGACAUAUCAGUAGUAAAUUUGAAGAGUUCUUAGAGCCUCAAGGAAAAAAACUACAACUUACAGCGAAUAACCUAUUAACUCGAUUACAAAAACUCGCCGAAAGUAUGGACGGAUACAAAAGAUCCUUAGAAUACAUUCAAGAUUAUAUAAACAUUCACGGGUUACGAAUAUGGCAAAAACAGGUCUCUGCCAUUAUAAACGAGAACGUUUCAAAGGAAAUAAGCCUUCGAAAAGGAGUAGCACUAUAUAGUCCUUCGGCAGGUUUCAUGGGAAGUUUGGCUAGACAAAUAGUACAGCUAACAGACGCACGAGUAUCUAUUUACGUAAGCGUGUGCGCAGCGUGGUUUGAUGGGAAGACUCAAACCGAAACUGUCAAUACUAAGACAUUUGCCAAAUUAAAUGAAGCAAUCGGUGUUGUAGGCCUUCACGGCUUAGAUACGUUGUACGGUUUCAUGAUUAAAAACCAACUGCAGAACGUUCAAGGAAUAAUCAAAAGUAAUCAUGAAAAGAUCACUGUCUUGAGCAGUAGUUAUGAUGCCAAAGAAAUGGAACAAAUAAUGAAUAAAGGGACGAAAGCCAUUCAACAGCUGUCCGAUGUAAUUGUACUUAUCGGUACCUUACAAAUUUUGAGGAAACAGAUUCUUUACCAAUUGAACACGAGUUGUAAAUUUGAUUCAGCGCACCUAGAGUCGUCAUUGAGGACCUUAAACGAAUCGCUGUUAAACGAAUUGAAAGCUACAGCAAGCUUAGCUUCGAAACCAAAGCUGUCAACAAAACUACUUCAACAUUUAGAAGAACAUUUAGUACGAAGUGGAAUUUCAGAACCAUUCGACAAAAUAUACGUCAGAACUGGCAAAGAGUUUCUGAUUCCAGAUCUAGGAAAGAUCACAGCUUUACUUCUUAUAGCCAACUUACCAAAGCUCCAGCUGUGUCAAACAACAGGUGACCUAAUAAUGCGCAAAUCGGGAGAAAAUAUAGACGGGUAUCCAUUGUUGGUGGGUAUAUACACAGUUCUGCGCCAAUCAAAAACUAGCAACUUAAAUUUGUUCAUUGAUUUUCUUUGCAGUUAUGCAAGAUCAAAGCGCACCGAAUCGUCUAACGAGGGUCAACCCAAUGUAGUUCGAGUUUUAGAACUAUUCUGUGAAACUUUCAAUUAUCCUUUUGAAAAAAUGGAAAAUAAACUACCGUUAAUGCUUUUUACACGCACGUCCACAAAAUAGGAAUAAAAAUAGUGCAGUCUGUAAUAUUUACAUUUGUUUUGUAAUAAACAAGAUCAGUUGAAGAAUAUUUAUUUUUAUGAAUGAGGUAUUACUGGUGGCCCAGGGUCUUUCUAGUUUCACUUUGGGCGUGCAAAAGCUAGGAGGGGUGGGAUUUGCUAACAGCUGCCCGAGCGCAUCCGAAGGAGAUCCAUGGCUCAAGUCAACUGUUUUUUUUUUCCAUACCUAUGCUGAUAGGCUUGAGGGCUGCCCUUUACCCUAGCGUGUAAGUGAGUUCUCGGGCCUCAAACUAGGAGGUGUUGCUAACACUGGCCCUAGCAAGAGCAGAGCUCCGCAGAACCUACCAUCGGAUCGGAAACACGACCGACUGAGAAGACCCGCCAGAAACUCAG